UUGAAGCAGUAGCAGUGUCGUAUUACUGACUGGUACUGCAUUACUUUGUAACAACAAAGUUACAGCUAACGUGGCCUUUUACAGCAUGUUGGUUUGUACCUAAAUACUAGUUUAUCGGAGGGAUCAAGAAGCUUACUUGAUUCAUGGAUUCUGAAGAAGAAGGUGAAGUCUUUUCAGAAGACCAGAACCCUGUGAUUGCAGAGGAGGGAGAAGAAGAGGAGGAAGAGGGGGACGAGGAGGAGGAUGCCAAGAUUUUCAAUGCCUGGAUGCAGCAGUACAGAGGUGGCGAGCAUCAGAAAACAAAGGAUGAGGAACAAGAUGAGGAGGGAAAAAAAGGAAGACCUGAGAGUAGAACCAGCUUAGAGUCUGCAGCACGACUUCAAACCAAGCGCAGAUCGUCGCUGCCGUGUCUGUCGACUCUUUCGAGCAUGCAGCUGGCUCGUCUCCAUUCCUCUACCCGAGCUCCCGUGACCGCCAAGACUCUACUGCGACGUUCCUCUUCUCGUCGCCUGCUGCCAUCGCAGCAGGAGGGUGCCGCGUGUCCUCCCGCCACUGAGCGCAGACCCUCUCUCAUUCCUACAAUCCCGGAGGCCGUUACACCUGAGAAAAAGACUCAGUUCAGGAGGCGCAACGUUAUGUCUCUGAGCGAUGCAUACAGCAUGUGUCUGAUUUGCCACAACGACCUGAAACAAGGAUCUGGUGGAAUCCGAGAGCUGCAGUGUACGCACACCUUCCACCGAGAGUGUAUCGAGGAAUGGUUAUGGAGGAAGCAGUCGUGUCCUACAUGUCACGUCCAAGUGCUCACACCACAACAGGCCGCUUACUGGAGCUCUACCAGAGUGAUAGUUCCUUGAGACACAUCCACACUCAAUGACUUUCCACUAGGAAGAAAUAAAGAAUGCAACCCAACUUUCCCAACUUUCAUCAUAUUUAGGGCAAGACUUGAUAAAAAAUAAAUAAAUAAAUAAAUAAAAAAAAGAAGACGAAGCAAUCAAGACUGUUUUGGGCCCUGGCAGGUUAAAUUGAUAGUAACUAUUGUUUUAUUUUCAAUUAUGUACCCCUUCUUGUCAAUAAGAUUUGUUUUAGAUGUGAGGAUAAGUGGUACAGAAAAUGAAUAUUCUUAACAGUGACCGCUUGUAACAUAAAUUGAGUGGCAUCGUUUCAUUUUUUUUUUUGCUCUGUUGGUUAAUCGCAAAAUACUGUUUGUACAUUUUUUAAAUAAACAAGCUGGUUUAACAAUUUUUUUCAAUGCAAAUAUUUCAGUAUAGCACAAUUUAAUAACGGUUGAUAUGUGUGCC